AAAAAAAGUUUUUGAAGGAAGAAAUUAAGACUAUGUUGGCUGAAAAUAUUAUUAGGCCUUCAAAUAGCCCAUGGACCUCUUCUGUAAAGCUUAAUACUAUAACAAUAAGGCAUAAUUACUCUUUACCAAGAGUAGAUAAACUUUUAGAUUCUUUAAAUGGAUUAUCGUGGUUCACUACUUUAGACCUCACUAAGCAUUAUCAAAUUCAAUGUAAUGCCCUUCGGCCUUAUGAAUGCUCUAGCAACUUUCCAAAGGCUGAUGGACAAAAUCUUUGGAGACAUCCUUGGGAAAUUU